AUGCGAUUCCUCGUCGCGGGCCUUUUCGCCCUUAUUGCUGUCUCAGGUGAGCUAUUUAGAAGGAUCAGUGUGAGCUCGGCGAGCAUUUCAUUGUGAUAAUUUAAAAAAUUCCAAUUAUUUCGGCCCAAAAUGGAGGGAAAUUGAUUUUUUCCGAUUUUUCCGGAAAAAAUGCUUUUCAAGAAAACUUGUUUGUGAAUCGAUUUUCGAUCAAAACGGACUAAUAAUCAUCGGCAAACAAGAUAAAUUUCGCAAAAAUUCGAAAUCUUGCAGCAUUCAUCCCAUACGCUCGUGCUGCAGACGAAAUUGAAGACGCGCCGACGAAGGACACCAAAGAAGAAGCUAGGUAGGUGACAAAUGGCUGAUAAUCUGGAAAUUCUUUUAAAAAAUCGUCUGAAAUCCUCGUUCAUUGCUUCCAAUCACGGAAAACCCUGGAAAAUUGCCUAAAAAUGAUGAGAAUCCGAUUAUUUCCGCUCGACUAGCCUUCGAAACCAUUGAAAAGUCGCCAAAUUUGGGUCAAGCACUUGGCGUUCGCCUCUAAUUAGACCCCCUUUCUCCGAAUGACCAAACGGUUGUCUCUGUGGUGGUUACUUUGCAGUAGACUAAUAUUUGUCGACUUUUUCUUUUUCCCCCUCCGUUCCCGGCCGUACCAGUCGGCGACCGUCCACUUGUCGGUCCGAUUAGUGUCUGGGCGGUGUCUCGCAUCGGAACGCUCUCUCGUCGCAAUGACAUUGAGCACAAAUAGUGAGUAUUUGAGCAAAAGAGCCCAAAGUCUUACUUUGCUCGUUGUUCCGCAUUCGGGUCAAAGGCAAACACAUUCAAAUGUACGCACACUUUUUUCAUUCGAUCCGACUUAUCAUAUCUUAUUUGCUGUCCUCAAUCCUGAUAGGAUUUGAUUUGGUUUCUAUUGUAUUUUUGAAGAAUACAAAAAAUUGGUCAGCAUGGCCUAGAUAAUGGGUCAGCUUUCCGCCGCACGUAACACUUGGUCAAGGACAGAUUUUGGGGGAGAGAUAGCCGAAAAUAGAGGCAAAAGGGAUUCUAAUCUCUAAUGGAUUGGUCGAAUAUUCGAGAUUAGCAGAGGGGAAAGAGGAUUUUUAGGGCUUCUUGAGGUUUUGGAUGGGAUUUGGAUGGUUGAGAAGGUUCUGGAUAUGCGAUCUUGAAGGCCGUCGUGUGCUUUAAAAUUAUUUUGAAAUUUUGAAGAUUUCGUUCUCAAUAUGAGUUCGAAAAUUAGAGCUUGGAUGCCUUGGGAGGUUGCACAAUAAUAUUUAUACGAACAAUCGAGAAAAUUUUAGGAUUUCUGGCAAUAAAAUGCUCUAAAAAAUUCAAAUUUUGCAGAGAUGAGGACACAAUCAAACUCGAUGGAUUGUCGGUUUCGCAGAUCAAGGAGCUCCGUUCGAAAGCGGAAAAGCACGAAUUCCAGGCGGAAGUGAACCGAAUGAUGAAGUUGAUUAUCAAUUCGCUGUACCGCAACAAGGAGAUCUUCCUCCGCGAGCUCAUUUCGAACGCCUCCGACGCCCUCGACAAGAUCCGUCUUUUGUCGCUCACGGAUCCGGAACAGCUCCGCGAGACGGAGGAGAUGACGGUGAAGAUCAAGGCGGACCGCGAGAACCGUCUCCUGCACAUCACGGACACGGGAGUCGGAAUGACUCGCCAGGAUCUGAUCAACAACCUCGGAACUAUUGCCCGCUCCGGAACUUCGGAGUUCCUCUCGAAGCUCAUGGACUCGGCCACGUCUUCGGAUCAGCAGCAGGACCUCAUCGGACAGUUCGGAGUUGGAUUCUACGCGGCGUUCCUGGUCGCUGACCGAGUUGUCGUCACCACGAAGAACAACGACGACGAUCAGUACAUUUGGGAGUCGGACUCGGCCACGUUCACGAUCAGCAAGGAUCCACGUGGAAACACGCUGAAGAGAGGAACCCAGAUCACGCUUUAUUUGAAGGAGGAGGCCGCCGACUUCUUGGAGCCAGACACCCUCAAGAACCUGGUGCACAAGUACUCGCAAUUCAUCAACUUUGACAUUUUCCUGUGGCAAUCGAAGACGGAAAUGGUGGAAGAGGAGGUCGAAGAGCCGGCCGCCGCCACGGAAGAAGACGGAGCCGUCGAGGAGGAGAAGGAGGAGAAGAAGACGAAGAAGGUGGAGAAGACGACGUGGGACUGGCAGAAGGUGAACAAUGUGAAGCCGAUCUGGAUGCGAAAGGCGGCGCAAGUUGAGGAGGACGAGUACAAGCAGUUCUACAAGAGCAUCACGAAAGAUUCGGAGGAGCCGCUGAGUCACGUGCACUUUGCCGCCGAGGGAGAGGUCUCGUUCCGAUCGAUUUUGUACGUGCCGAAGAAGUCGCCGAACGAUAUGUUCCAGGUGAGAUUUAUCGUCAAAUUUUCGGCAAAAGCACUGAAAAUUAAGGAUUUUGUGGAAAAUUUGCAGUUCUUCCUUGAUUCGCCAUUCUUUACCAAUUUUCCUUGCAGAACUACGGAAAAGUGAUUGAGAACAUCAAACUGUACGUGCGUCGUGUGUUCAUCACCGACGAUUUCGCCGACAUGCUCCCGAAGUACCUUUCGUUCAUCCGAGGAAUCGUCGAUUCCGAUGAUCUGCCACUCAACGUCUCUCGCGAGAACCUCCAACAACACAAACUGCUCAAAGUGAUCAAGAAGAAGCUGGUGCGCAAGGUGCUCGACAUGCUCAAGAAGCUCGACGGCGCGCAAUUCGACGAUUUCUGGAAGGAGUUCUCGACGAACAUCAAGCUCGGAGUGAUGGAGGACCCGUCGAACCGGAUGCGUCUUGCCAAACUGCUCCGAUUCCAAUCGUCGCACGACGAGGAGAAGACGACGACGUUGGCGGCGUACGUGGAAAGAAUGAAGGAGAAGCAGGACGCGAUCUAUUAUAUGGCCGGAACGUCGAGAAAGGAGGUGGAGACGUCGCCGUUUGUGGAGAGACUCAUCGCCAAGGGAUACGAAGUGUUGUUCCUGAACGAGGCCGUCGACGAGUACUGUAUUCAAGCGAUGCCCGAGUACGAGGGAAAGAAGUUCCAGAAUGUCGCCAAGGUGGGUGAUUUUUAGAGAAAAUUGGUUUAUAAAAUGGAAUAAAAUUUAGGAAGGAGUGACCAUUGACGACGGAGAAAAGGCCAAGGAAGCCCACAAGGCCCUGGAGGAGGAGUACAAGCCGCUGACGGACUGGCUCAAGGAGUCGGCUCUCAAGGAGCUCAUCGAGAAGGCCGUCGUCUCGCAGCGACUCGUCAAAUCGCCAUCGGCCCUUGUUGCCUCCUCAUAUGGAUGGUCCGGAAACAUGGAGAGAAUCAUGAAGUCGCAGGCGUACGCCAAGGCCAAGGACCCGACGCAGGACUUCUACGCGACGCAGAAGAAGACGUUCGAGAUCAAUCCACGUCAUCCGGUCAUCAAGGAGCUUCUGAAGAGAGUCACCGCUUCGGAGGACGACGUCAUCGCCACGUCGACCGCGAAGCUUCUGUUUGAAACUGCGACGCUCCGCUCGGGAUUCUCUCUGCAGGACCAGGUUGGAUUCGCCGACAGAAUCGAAGCGGUCCUUCGUCAGUCGUUGGAUGUUUCGCAGGAUGCUCAAGUCGAGGAGGAGAAGAUCGUGGAGGAGGCUCCGGAAGAGCCGGAAGCCGCUUCCGACGAGACGACUAUCGAGGAGGAGCACUCGGAACUCUAA